AUGUCGACCAUGCCAGCUCAACAUGGCCACUCCGAGGCAUGCUGCAACAUUCCCCCCGUAGUGUCCAAGGGCUACACCGCGAAGGGCGCAUACGAGGAUCUCGGAGGUUUCAAAUCUUAUGUCACCGGCCCUAAGGAAGCCACCAAAGGCAUAAUCACCAUCUUCGACAUCUUCGGCUUCUACCCGCAGACCCUACAAGGCGCCGACAUCCUCGCGACCGCGGACCACUCGCAGCAGUACAAGGUCUUCAUCCCGGACUGGUUCAACGACGAGCCCGCGCCCCUCUCGUGGUUCCCGCCCGACACCGAGGAGAAGCAGAAGAACCUCGGCGCUUUCUUCCAGAAGAACUCGCCGCCUAGCGUCGCCGCCAAGGUCCCGGACUACGUCAAUGCCGUCUCGGCCAAGUACCCCGAGAUUAAGAGCUGGGCCAUUCUUGGGUUCUGCUGGGGAGGCAAAGUUGUAUCUCUCGUAACCUCUAAGCCCGACACCGUCUUCAAGGCGGGCGUGGAGGCGCAUCCGGCGAUGGUCGACCCCACCGAUGCCGAGAACAUUAAGGUGCCUCUGGCGCUACUCGCAUCCAAGGACGAGCCUCCCGAGGACGUCAAGAAAUUCGAGCAGAAUCUCAAGGGCCCCAAGCACGUCGAAACCUUUGGCGACCAGAUCCACGGAUGGAUGGCAGCCCGCUCUGAUCUUGAGGACGAGCGUGUCAAGGCCGAGUACACGCGAGGCUACGAGACUGUACUAAAGUUCUUGUCUAAGCAUGUGUGA